AUAUAUAGUAAAGUAGAUAGUUAUACAUAUUAAGGUUACGUCACUAACAGAUAUAAAAACUACAAUCAAUCUAUACGAAUUUGUUCAUAAAAUAAAAAUGGUUCGUGCGUGGUACAUGGAUAAUAGUAAUAUUGAUCAACGAUUAGAACAUCAUAAACAACCACCUGAAUAUAUUUCUAUUGAGAAUUUAUUCAAGAUAACAGGUGUUGAAUAUUUUCAGAUUAAUUAUAAAAAUUAUAAAAAUGAUAACAUAUUGACAGAAUUAAAGAAAAAACGUGGUUAUACAUACGAAGAUGAAAUAGAAUGUUCCAAAAAAUGCCUUCCAAAUUAUGAAGAGAAAUUAAAAAAUUUUUUUACUGAGCAUCUUCAUACUGAUGAAGAAAUAAGGUUAAUCUUAGAUGGAUCAGGAUAUUUUGAUGUUCGAGAUAAACAUGAUCAAUGGAUACGUAUUGAAGUUCAAGCUGGAGAUUUAAUAAUUAUUCCUAGUGGAAUAUAUCACAGAUUUACUUUGGAUAUUAACAAUUAUAUAAAAGCAAAACGUUAUUUUGUCGGAGAGCCUGUUUGGUUGCCUUACAACAGACCAGCUGAUGAUAUGGAAUGUCGUAAAAAUUACUUAAAUCGUUUGAACCAUGGUUUUGAAGUGGAAAUUUUUUAAUCCUUAUUAUAAAA